AUGGGAAAAACACAAAUAUUGGAAAAACGCAAAUAUGGGAAAAACGCAAAUAUGGGAGAAACGCAAAUACGGGAUGCACUCAAACAUGGGAUAAACGUAAAUAUGGGACAAACGCAAAUAUGGGAAAAACGCAAAUAUGGGAGAAACGCAAAUAUGGAAAAAACGCAAAUAUGGGAAAAACGCAAAUGUGGGAACAACACAAGUAUGGGAAAAUCGCAAAUAUGGGAAAAACGCAAAAUUGGGAAAACUCAAGUGUGGGGAAAACUCAAAUAUGGGAAAAACAAAAAUAAGGGACAAACACAAAAAUGGGAAAACUGCAUAUAUGGGAAAAACGCAAAUAUGGGAAAACAAAAAAAAAAUAUAGGAAAAAUACAUAUAGGUGAAAAACGCUUAUAUGGAAAAAACGCAAAAUUCAGGAAAUCGCAAAUAUGGGAUAAACGCAAAUAUGGGAAAAACGCAAACAUUGGAAGAUGCAAAUAUGGGAAAAACACUAAUAUGGGAAAGUGCAAGAAAAACGUAAAAAUGAGAAAAACGCAAAAAUGGGAAAAACGCAAAUAUGCGAAAAACGCUAAUAUGGGAAAAAGGCAAAGAUGGGAAAAACGCAAAUAUGGGAAAAACGUAAAUAUAGGAAAAACACAAAUAGGGGAAACACGUAAAUAUGGGAAAGAUGCAAAUAUCGGAAAAACUCAAAUAUGGGAGAAACGCAAAUAUGGGACAAACACAUAUAUGGGAAUGACGCAAAUAUGGGAAAAAUUCAAAUAUGGGAAAAAUGCAGAUAUUGGAAGAAUGCAAAUAUGGGAUAAACGCAAAUAUGGGAUAAACGCAAUUACGGGAAAAAUGCAAAUAUAG